CAGUCGCUCGAUGAUUAUGUAGCCCGAUGGACUGUUUUAAUAGUUCAUUUAUGUCCAAAUCAAACGAGUAUGUUUGUGAACGACGAACCUCUCAUACAGCAAUGCCCUGUUGUCGGCAAUUUCGAAGAGACAGGAUGGAACCUGCAGUGUCCUAUGGCCAGUCAAUGGUCCAGACAGUCAGUGAACAGUUCGUGCAAUUACGAUGUGUACAAUGGCUAUAGUGAUUUCUCAGUGCAGUGCUAUAAUAGAACCAAUUAUGUUCAUAAUAUACCUCAUCAACAGUACUAUGAACAAAAUGUAGCGUAUACGCAACCAGUGCACCAGUUUCGGACCCGUCUAGCUUGCCACCAAAUGCCAGAACAACAUGUGUACGCUCAAGCAGUGCCAGAUUUUCAGACCGAUCUACCAUGCCGUCAAAGACCAGAAUGGGAUUACAAUAGCAUGUGUUACAACGUUGAUGGUCAGGCGUGUCAGUACACCAAUGUGGUUGAUCUAGAAGACUUUAUGAACAAUGAGAAACGUAAAGAGAAGUCGCGCGUCGCGGCGCGAUGUAGACGCACCAAGGAGAUGCAGAUCUUCGCCGAGCUCACCGCCGCGUUGCCGGCCAAGAAAGAGGAGGUGGAACAGCUGGAUAAGGCCUCUGUCAUGCGCCUUGCCAUCUCAUACCUCCGAGUGCGAGACGUUGUCUCUAUGCUGCCCGAAGACAAAGAAGCGCCCAAAUUGCAGAGCCCUAAAGGCUUAGAGGAGGUGCAAUCUGAGCUUUCAUACAUGAACGCUUUGGACGGGUUCGUCCUGGUGUUGUCACAGCAAGGCGACAUCGUGUACUGCAGCGAAAAUAUUGCAGAUCAUCUUGGCGUGUCGCAGAUGGAGAUAAUGGGGCAGAGUGUGUUCGAGUUCAGCCACCCCUGCGACCACGACGAGAUCCGCGAGUCUUUGCGCUCAGGCAACGACGGGAGGCGCGACUUACUUCUACGUCUCAAGUGUACUCUCACCAGCAAGGGGAGGAAUGUGCAUCUCAAAUCGGCUUCCUACAAGGUCAUCCACGUAACUGGCCACAUGAUAACUCCUACUGAAGAAACAACAAAGGAUCAAGACAACACUGAAUCAGACGAAGAAAGGAAAGAAGCAAAAAGCUACACCAACACGGGAGCACUAGUAGCUGUAGGCAGGCCGAUUCCUCAUCCUUCCAACAUCGAGACCCCACUCAACAGCAUGACUUUCCUUACUAAACACAGUUUGGACAUGAAGUUUACUUAUACUGACGAAGGGUUAACAAACAGCCUGGGAUUCGAGUCCGAGGAACUGGUUGGUCGUUCCCUAUACGAGUACCACCACGCAGCGGACAGUGCGUCUUUGGCACAACAAUUCAAAUCAUUGUUCUCGAAAGGACAAUGCGAGACUGGGCAGUACCGCUUCCUCGCCAAGACCGGCGGUUACUCCUGGGUUCAGACUCAGGCUACUGUCAUCACCGACAAACAGCAAAAGCCGACCAGCGUGAUAUGCGUCAACUACGUUAUCAGCGGUAUCGAGUGCAAAGAUGAGGUGUUUGCUGCACACCAAGUGCAGCACGCGGAUCUGAAGCCGGUGGUGGCAUCCGCCCCGCUUGUCCGUGUGAGCGCUGAACCACCUGCUAACGGCGCUAUAGUGGGCAUAGUCGCCCCAGAGGAGGAGCGCCCUAUACCUGUCACAGAACAAAUAUUUGUGCCCAGAAAGAAAGAAAUGAACAAAGGAUUUCUCAUGUUUUCUCAAAACGAGGGACUUACAAGUGAGUGGCACUUGAACUGCAAAAGCUUAGUGCUUAAAGACGAGCCGGAAGAUCUGACGCAUUUAGCACCUACGGCCGGUGAUGCCUGCAUUUCCCUGGAGAACAACAGUCCUUUCGAUAUGUUCGACGAUUUUAUGCUGAACGACAACUAUUGUAGCCUACUCGGCGAUGACCUGGCAAAUGGAUCUCCUGUAGAUUCUUUGAUUGCUGAUUCCUUACUGUCCUCACCUGAACCACAGGAAACCGAAUCAUCGUGUGAACAGUCGUCACUUUUGACAGAACUUUCAUUAGAUGCAUUCGAUAACCGGUCAGAUAAUGACAUUGACGAUGGAAAUUCGCCGUUUAUUCCUACCACCGAUGAGCUUCCACUAUUGGAACCCGCAGUUAUGUGGGGGGUUCUUCCGGAUAGUGUUAGCCAAGCAAAACCUCAGCCGUCAGAGGUGCAAACUUCAGCACCAGCACUCCAGCGUUUACUGGCAGCGCCCCCGACCGGGCCGCCUCCACAGGACAUUAUAACAAAUAUAUAUUCAGAUCCAGGGCUAAUUCCGAGCAGAAGUAUAUCUUCGUGGGACACGGGUGUAAAGAGGGUGAUGAAGCAAGAAGAGGAGCCGACUGCAAAGCGUGUGAAGCGUAGUCCAUCCCCAGUAGCGCCGACUGCGAGGACGCCGUCCUCGAGCGUCCUUAUGAACCUCCUGGACAUACACCCGCAAGCGAAGCAGCAGAUUCGACAGCAGCUUCGCUCCAACUAUCAAGUGUUCCUGAACUCGCCAAGAACAUCACCGCAGAGUCCCGUUAAUAAAAACCUUCCGGUUCCCGUUAUAAACAUCAUACGAUCGGGACCAAAUGAACAGCUGAUGCGUGCCAAUACAACAGCACCCAACCCUCCAUUGAUACGCACGAGUGCAAUGUCUCCACUAACCUUAAACGUGGGCAGCCCAAUUUACUCUUUACCCUCGAGCCCUAACACUCCAAAUUAUAGCCCCGCUAUGAGUCCGGCCCAAAAAGAUCGCGUGCUAAGCCCAUAUUCCACUCCCCAAUCCUUAUCGCCCGCUGGAAGCUACAUGUACAGCCCAAAUAAUAAGCUUCAUUCACCGUCUGGCGUUAUGCGUGGCUACGAUCCAUAUCUAAAUAAUAAAAUGCAAACAAGUCCCGGAUUUCCGCUCCAAUCGGAUAUGCUCCUCGACACCACCAUGCCCCUCGCUUCAACAGACUUUUGGCCGGACUCAGAAAUGUUGCAAGGCACGAGUGACUUGCUCACAGCAUUUGAUGACGUUAAAUUAGUUUAAGCAUUUCGGAUGGAUGAGUGAUUGGAGAGUGAUUUCUCGUUUCCGUUGGAUGAUUGUGGGAGGAUUGAAUACUGUCUUAGUUUAUCGUUCGAAAGCGUUUCCGUAUCUGAUAUCAUAAACAAUUUUUCACGUUAUUCACGACUUCACACAAACAUUCCAAUAGACGCGGAUAUAGAAAUAUAUUAAUGAAAUGGUUGAAAUAUUUCUGUGAAAGAAGAAAUCACUAAAACCAAUGCAGAUUCGAAAGAUUAAACGACAAUCCAAAAGGAUUCCACGCAAACUUCUCGUAGUUACCUUUUUAAGCCAACGUGUUUUAUGAGCGCAACGCAGACGACAAAUUUUAUUGUUUUUAAAAUAGAAAAUGUUAACUAUUUUGAUAAAUUUUAUAGAAUUAUAUGUAAGUAAAAGACUGGAGACACGUUCGUAUCACUUUGAGGUAUCAUAAUAUUAUCUCCGUAUAGAUGACCUGCCGUGUAUCUUUCCUCAUAAAUCAUGAUGAAUAAGGUAGGAUGUCCACAGAAGAAACAAAUGUCUAACUAUCAUAAUAACGUAACGUGGAGAUUGAGGAGAGAAAGGAUACAAACGUGGACUCAGACUUUUUAGGGUAGUAAGACAUCGACAUGUCGAUUUUUAUAUUUUCGAGUGGAAUCCUCGGUGAUACUAUGAUGUGACUUAGCGUGAAAAUGGGUUUUAGAGUAUACAAGUA